CCAUUGAUUGGGAUCCAGUCGACUAUUGAAUCCCUCAAGUCACUGUGCCAAAUACGUUAUUCGCAAAAUCUUUACGCAGGUUGCUUCAGAAAUAGACUGACUGCCUGCCAGAAGGUGAUACGUUGCCCAUAAAAGCAGCUAUGACGUAUUCGGGACGGAUUUUAUCAAUGUUUUCAAAUUUUAGAGCAAAGAUUUCUUCGGCGUGUCUGUCCUUUAUAUCAUACUGCAUAGACUAUAUUGUGGAAUGUGCAUUUACAUAUUAUUUAUCGUACGGAUAUGCGCGUCUAUUGGGCUAUAUUGUUUGACCCAGAUUUGCGAUUCAGGAUAUAGUACGACGCCAUGUGACUAGGGUUUGCUGACGCAAGCGACCAGCAUUCCAUCUGUGGAAGUGGUUUGUACGGGAUACGAUUCUCACCGAGUUUAAGGGUGUAGGGACUUUAACAGAUUACACUCAUUUGGCCUUGUGGACGAGUAUGGAUUUAGAUUCGGUAAAAUGUGAACCCAACAGUCCUGUCGGUUUGGGCCGGUGCUCUCAACACUCUUUGGAGGAGGCAUUUGAUCAUGACGUGUUUGUGGAUUACAAUACACAUGAUGAUUAUGGCUCCGACAGGUCAUAUGGUGAUAGUGGAGACAGUGGAAAUAUUUCACCCGUUAGUGAUGAAAAUGGAAAAAUGGACUUUACUUUGGACAAUGGAAAAUUGGACUACUGUAUGGGAAAGUUGGACUUCUCGGGAACCCCGUCUUCUGACCAUGAAAAUGCAGAUGGAUCUAAGCGCACGUGUCUCGUUUGUGGUGAUAUUGCAUCUGGAUACCAUUAUGGGGUGUCAUCUUGUGAAGCAUGUAAAGCCUUCUUUAAAAGAACUAUUCAAGGCAAUAUUGAAUACUCAUGUCCAGCCAAUGGGGACUGUGAAAUCACUAAGCGAAGGCGAAAGGCUUGCCAAGCUUGUAGGUUUCAGAAAUGUUUAACAGUCGGCAUGCUCAGAGAAGGUGUGCGGCUGGAUCGUGUGCGAGGGGGCCGACAGAAAUACAAAAGAAAUCCAUCAGACAGCCAGUCUGAUGUUGUUCAGCCAUUCUUUCCAGUGAUAAAACGGGCCUGUGUAGAUAACCAUAGGGUUAGCAUUUCACAUCUUUCAUCAACACAGGUGUUCACAUUGGCUCAGGACAACAAGAUCCUCAACACUCUGCUGGCUCUAGAGUCACAGCUUGACAAGCUGUAUGCUGGUGCUGAUGAUGGGAAGUUGCCUGACGAUGAGGUGAAAUUCAUGGCCACGGUGUCCGAUCUGGCCGAUCGCGAACUUGUCAUGACAAUCAGCUGGGCCAAGCAAGUGCCAGGAUUUGCCAACCUGUUGCUGUCCGACCAGAUGAACUUGCUGCAACACUCCUGGCUAGAGAUACUGUACCUAAAUCUUGUCUUCAGAUCAUGCCCAUACUCGGGCACCAUCAACUUUGCAGAAGAUCUUAAAGUGAAUAACGAUAUGGCCAUCACAUUGAACAUCCCAUCAGAGCUGGGCACCUUGACGCGCAAGCUCUGCAAGAAAUUCACGCAUCUAGGUGUAAGCAGAGAAGAGUUUGUGCUUCUCAAAGCAAUAACUUUAUGUAAUAUAGAUGUUGUUGCCGAAGUGAACGAUUCGGUUCACAGUCUACAAGACAAGUUGCAAGAUUCUCUCAUGGAUAUCAUUAAAGUGAGACACCCCGGCAACGUUCGCCGGCUCGGACAGUUGUUUCUCCUCCUGCCUCCCAUCACACAUAUCAAACUCCUUGCCAAACAGUUCUGGUUUGACAUUAAAAAAGACGGACGCGUCAUGAUGCACAAACUUUUUCUCGAAAUGCUUGAGGCAGAUUCAUGAGGAUUGCUUUAAACGAUGCCCAUGUUGGGAUCGUUUGUUUUCCUCUGAAUGAUUAGCCUCACAGUUUCAUAUAUCAUGUUCAUGAAACUGUAAAUAAUACAAAACAUGAAAAUAUGCAGCUUGUUUUUUUUUUUGUGCAGACAUCCAUAUGAUUUAGUCAUAGAAUACAUUAGAUUUUUUUUUUUUUUUUUUUUUGAUGCAGUGAUGAAAUAGUGUGUUGUCUGUCGAUCAGACAUAAUAUUUGUGGUAGUAGCUACAAUGUAUAUAGUGCCAUUUGAGUUUGUAUUUUGUUUGCAAGUUUUCUCUAAGGACCCAUGAUGAAUGAAAAUAGUAAUCUGUGCUGUCAGUGCCCAGUAAAAGCCAAACAGUGUUAAUGCUUACAUAGUGAAUGUAUUGCCAAAUAUUUCCUCCUUUUUUUUUUCUGCAAGAAAAUUUCUGAUUGGACAAAGUUAUGUGAGAAACGUUGGUGUCUGAUUGGAGAGAAACGUAUGUGUGAGAAACAUUAGUGUGUAGAGUGUGAGGAUGGUCAAGGCUAGAAAUUAAUUCUUUGGAAUGGGCAGCAAUCUCAGCUUUUAACAUUUAGUCAAGAAAUAGACACUGGAAAUUGAGAAGCUGUUCUAGACCGCUUUUACUAAUAUAAACUUUCCUCUAUUUUUAUCUAAAUUUAAAUGAAUCAUUUUCUUUCACUUUACGAUAUCUAAUUUAAUAUUGGUCCUACUGUUGACAUUAUGUUUGGCAGUAAGUCGGGUGGGAUAUAGCCCAGUGGUAAAGUAUUUGCUUGACAUGUAGUCUGUCUAGGAUUGAUCUCUGCUGUUGGGGCCCUAUUGGUCUAUUGCUUAUUCCAGCCAUUGCUCCACAACUGGUGUAACAAAGGCUGUGGUAUGUACUGUCCUGUAUGGGAUGGCACAUAAAAUAUCCCUUGUUGCAAUUUAAAAAAAGUAACCCAUGAAAUGGCAGCAACAGUUUUUCUCUUAUUAAUUAUCCUUGUGGUCUUCAAUCACGUGUUCAAUGCCAUAUAACGAAUUAAAAUGUGUUAAAUGUGGCAUUAAAUAAAACAUUUCUUUUUUUCUUAGUUGCAGUAAAUUCUUAAUCUGAACAUUUGUACAAUGCUUUGUAUGAAAGAUGCAUGUGGAGUUGCUUGCUGGAAAGCAUAUUGUGUAUUUUGAAUGGCAAUUGGCUCUAAUUCCCUGUUAAUUUUGAGCCUUGAUGCUGUGUUUCUGAGCCAUCAGUGCUGUGAUCUAGUGAUAGUUAAUUUACGCAUGUCAGUGUAUGCUGUGUGCAGUAAUAGUCAUCACUAGAUCCUGCAAUUUAGACCAUUCUGAACAAAAUCCUAGAUUUUCAUACACGCCCAUCGCAAGGAUAAGGCAAACACCCAUUUUCGCUUAAUUGGAAAACCCUCCUCCUCUCCCAAUUAAAUGUACAUGUUUGAUGUGCAGUAUUGCCAAUGUCCUGAAAAUAUUAAAAAAAAUUAAAAUUCACCCCUCUUGCCUCCAUUUUGAAAAACAAAAUUGGAUGAAAAUCUAGCAUUUAAUUUAUAAUGGCCUUGUACAUAAACUUUAUGUGAUGUGGACAAUAUAAGAGAGAAAAUGAGUAUUAAAAGUGUGUAUCACAGGUAAUAUUUUGUUUUCAAAAUUUACUACUUAGCAUUUUAGAAUAUGUAGUGAUCUCUAAAACUUGCAUAGUGACAUGCAGUGCGAUACUGAACAAAAUGUUCCUUAGAUAGAUUGUCACUAAAGGUGCUAUUUCUUGUCAAAAUCAUAUCAACAAUCGUUACACCUUAAAAGAGUAUUAAUGAAAUAUAGUAAAACAGUUGUGUUUGUUUGCCUAAGAAUUUUUAUUAAAGCACUCGAAAAUGAUGACUUAUUAAAGUAGCAUACAUACAGUUGGCAAAAUUCUAUAAAUUAUAUUCUGUUUUAGAAUUGAAUACCAAGUCAGGUUUUUUUUCCGGUAUUAUGUUAAUGGUGUUUGAUCACUAUAAAAGAAAUAAAUGUAAUUUGUUGCACAAGUGUUUGUGUAUGUCUCGUUUAUCAUGUAUUAUGUUAUGGGAAGAUUUAAUUGAAAGAAAGUGCAAAUAGCAGUCUCACACAAAAUGUGUAUUAUAAAAAAGAAUUUACAUAUUCAAGGCCUAUAAACUUGAAAUGAAGAAGACUAAAACUUGAUUUAUUGAUUCAAGUUCCCCAAUAACCGAUUAUAAAGCUAACAGUUUGUUGAAAAUAGAUAUAUGUCACAAUUUUUUAGAGAAUUAUAUGUAUUAUGUUGAAAUAAUGUUGGUUUAUUUGUUGUUGAUGAAUGUUAGAUAAGAAAUAUAGUUUUCCCACUUGCAUCUAAUAUUUAGCACAAUAGCCUUAUGGUCUUAAUGCUAGACUGAAGCAUUUUUCAGUUGCUUUAUUUGUUGUUUUGUAUUUGUAGUCUACAAGAGAAACUUGCAAAACAAAAUAAAACAAUUAUUCAUGGCAAAGAGUUUAUUCUUCAAUAUGUGUACUUGCGGAAGGACAUAAGAGUUACAGGUAUAUGUAUUUAUAUGUCAUUGUUUAGAGUACGAGUCAAGUAGACAUGUGAUAUACUGUGUGUUACCAGAAAGAAAUAUCAUUCCUGUAGAACCAAAGUAUAGUGUAUUUAAAAUUACAGUUAUAGUUAUAUAUUACAGUUUUAUUUGGAAAUGAACUGGGGUAUUUUGUUAUGAUUUGUGUGUGUGUGUGUGUGUGUGUUUGGUUUUACAUAAUCCCGUUUGUUGGAACUAGUAAGAUGUCUAUGUAGAAGAAGUGUGCACUGUGAUUUAGAAGUUUAUAUGUCCCAUUGUUUUAUGAUGGUCAUCAUUCGUCGGAUAAUACAUACAUGCUACCAUGACAGUGUCCAAGCAAGAUGCAUUGUACAGGCCUCUGAGAAAUGAAAAUUGGCAUAAAGCAUUUAUGGGUUGCACAAAAACAAAUUUAGGUAAAUAAUUUCAUUUUUGUGUAACCUGUCAUCACUAUGUACAUGAUUUCCUAAAUAUAAUGCGUGAACGAAAAAUGGUUUACGCAAAACUAGUCUUGCAUCAUGAGUGAUGCGUGAACGAAACGAUAAUUCGCGCAGUUUUAGUUGUUGAAUUUAUCAGAGGUCAUAGUCAUAGCUGAGUGACAUAUCUUUCACAGCUGUAAACUUCAUUUCCAUUCCGUAACUCGUUCAAUAUAUUUUAAGACCCUGAAGUGAGAAAUAUUCUCCACAUGCAUGCAUCAUGGCUUCAUCCUAUAUUGAGGAAUGUCAUUUACAAUUUUACAUGUACACCUGUUCUUCUCACAAGAAAUGUUAAUCAAAUAUUUAGUAUGUGAACUCAAAUGUAAGUUAAUUUGUGCUUAUACUAAGGAAUUUGACAUUCAGCUACAAGUUAAACAUCCAAAAACUUGGCAUACAAAAAAGAAUACAACAGUUGAUUAUAUGAUCAGUUUAAUUGUGCUAUUGCAAAUAUUAAAUAAAAUAAGUUUCUUCAGCAGUUUUGUCUUGAUAAAAAUCCUCGUAUGGUUUGUUUCUGCUAGGCUACAGCUGAAUAGAUAUCUGUUUCUAUCCAGACUGCUUUCCAUAUAUAGUCAAAUGUCGCUAUCUCAACCUCUAGUUUGUCAUUUAGUGUUGUCUCAGUCGGGAAAUGGUAUGAUGUUCACUAAAACCUGUUUUGCUUAUCUAUAGCUCAUUGAAUGCAGAAAGGUGUAUCAAUAAAGACUUUUAAUAAGGACAAUUAAGACUUUUAAAAACUUGUCAAAAUAUUGUCGCCCACGGUCUGUCAGUAUUGAGCUAUUUGGUUUGGUCCCUUUGAGAUAACAACAUUUGACUGUUACAGUAGAUACUGAAAAUACUAUUACUAUAGUUUGAUAUCUAUUUGACAGGUUUUGCACAACAACAAAAAAAAGUGUCAUAUCAAGCAAGUCAUCUAAUCAAAAUAAAAAUUGUUAAAUUAUAAUACACCUAAAUGUUAAAAUAUUUAACAAAAAUCAAACGUUCCCAUCGGUAGACUGUUGGUCUGUUUAUGUUUAUGUUUUAUGCUGUCACACGAUGUUGAACAUCUGUUCAGAUGUACAUGUAUGUUAAGUACCUCAAAUGAACAUCACAGGAAUAUAAAUAUUGUUUAAGUGAUCUUGCCUGUUUUAGUUGAAUUAUGUACAUUAGUUUUUCCCCAAUUUUAGUUUGUUUUCACAAUGAAAUAUCUGUUUUCACAAUGAAAUAUCACCUAAAUAUAUACACGAGGUGUCUGAGUCACCAAUCAGUGUUAGUAAUGUCUUUUUACAAAAUACUAAUACUUUUUUUUAUUAUUUAAAGAAAAUUAGUGAUAAAUUAAUUUAACCACUAAAUCUAAAAUAGAUCAUUCUUUGCCAAAAUAUGUUAUGGGCAUUAGCAUACGAGACAGGGGGAUGAGAGGGCAACUGCCCCCCAGUCCUGGAGAAAAUCCUCAAAUUCGGGCAAAAACAAUAUAGAAAUUCGGGCAAAAUGAGCUGGUCUGAACACUUUUCACCAUGCAUUUUCAUAAUUCUACCCAUAAUAUUAGUUGUAAUCAAUGUAAUAAUGCAUGGCAAUUUGUUUGCAACUCUAUAUAGCUGUUUGGCAGUUUUGCUGAUAUGAAUAAACGUAAUCUAGA